GUAGUGUUGGUUCGGGUGCUCCAAUUUCCAGGUGCCAUUGUGGCCCAGCCGUUAGAAGGGCAGCGUAGCAAUAAACGAAAACGAAACAAUCGUCCCGCGAACUGGUGAGAGUGGCGGUCCGAAUGGCGUAACCUCGACCGACCGAUUGAAGGGAGCGUUAAGUAACGCCGAACGCAGUGGAGUGAAGCAAAGGGCCACAUCUCUUGCACGGAUCCUUUCUAGACUGCCAAGGGUGCCAGUGUGACCGUGAGCCUGAGAACGGCAACAGGUCGGCAGCAAGUCGAAGUGUACGAUGGCGCAGAAAUUCCUCACGAUUCCCGGUGCCAGGGCACUGCUGGGGCUGACGGUGAUGUUGUGGCUGACGAGCAGCGGGGCUCUCGAAGUUGGCCCGGCCCAGAGGCCGCCAUUCACCAGCACGACGCCGUCCGAGUCGCCGGCUCAGAGCCAACCGCCGCAGGCGACGGCGGACGGCGAAAACAAGUUUCUCAAAUAUCUGUUCAACAAGUACGGCAGCAAGGGAGUGAUCUCCUUCGAGGGCCUGGAGCAUCUGAUGCACAGUCUCGGUCUCGGAGGGCUGGACUUUAGCGGUUCGCACGGCCUCAAGGAGCACCGUCCGGAAGGGUACGACUUCGGAGAUUACGACGUCUACGGUGGCAGCAAGCAACCGCCGUCCCAUCGCCACGAUCAGGAUGACUCAACGCCGGAGCCACCGGUGAUAACGUUCGCCAGCACGUUCCCGGACACCACCGGUGGCCACCAUCAUUAUCCGGGACAUCAACACACAAAUGCUGCUAGCAGCGGAACCGCUGGACCCUCCAGUACCGUUACAACGACCACCAGCACCACCACGCCGGGACCUACAUCCACCCCGUCAGAUGAACACCAGGCGCCACGGGAUGGCGAUGGCGACGGUCGCGUCUGGCAAGAGAUGAUCUUCAAAGAAAUCCACGAUCCUCGGCACCGGCAUCCGCGGAAUAAAAAUGUGCCAUACUGCUUAUCACCGAUGUCCAUCAUCCAUCUGGUGAUGGAGGAACCGGUGCUGGCGAAACAGCACAACCAUCGCCGGGAGCGAUCCCUGGCCCAUAACCAUGCGGAGGACAGCGACGAGCACGACCUCGAGUCGCUGGCCGGCGACGCGAGGAUCGAAAUCACACCGUCCGAGUUUAAGGAUCUCUGUCCUGCGUUUCUGGUGCAGCUUGAUCAGAAAGCUUGCAGCUUGACCCAGAAGCUCCAGAAGGAAGGCAACCCUCACCGGGAAAAGAAACCGUUCUCGCAAGCAUGGAUCUACGCCUCGGCCUGCGUUCUGGUCAUCUCCCUGUGCGGCCUGGUGGGAGUGGCGAUGGUGCCAUUAGCCAAGUCCAUCGCCUACGACGAAAUACUGAGAUUCCUGAUUGCGCUCGGCGUAGGAACGCUGUGCGGUGAUGCACUGAUGCACCUGCUGCCCCACGCACUGCUUCCACACGAUCAUCACGAGCACGAGCACGGUGAUCACCAUGGGCCGGAGCACGGUUCGUCGCCGGAAACGAGAGCCAUGUGGCUGUGUUUGUGCACCUUCGGGACCGCAUUCUUCAUGUACAGCCUGGAGAUGAUUCUGCCACUGUUUCGCGACGGAGACACACAUGGCCACUCGCACAGCCACAGUUCGCACAGUAAUAGGGUCGAGCCCCGAUCAGCUGUGGCAGGACCGCCUGGCGGCCAUCAUCACGCGGACGAUAUCGAGCUGGAGCACUCCGAGGUGACGAAGGAGAAGGAAGCGAACACGAUGCUGGCCAAAAAGAGUCCCCGGAAGCCGAUGACGGCCGUCGCCUUCAUGGUGGUGCUGGGAGACGGGCUUCACAACAUCACGGAUGGGCUGGCGAUAGGGGCUGCGUUUGCAAUCGACCCCGUCACCGGACUGGCGACCUCGUUCGCCAUCCUCUGCCACGAGUUACCACACGAGUUGGGCGACUUUGCGCUUCUCCUGCAAACCGGUGUCAGCAUCCGGAGGGCCAUCUUCCUUAACAUAGUAUCUUCGGUCCUGAGCUUUAUCGGAAUGGCCCUGGGAUUGCUGCUGACUGGACUGCACGAGUCGGUCGUUAGCUGGAUCUACGCGGGAACGGCUGGCACAUUCCUGUACAUCGCACUGUCGGAUCUGGUGCCGGAGAUGCGAAACGAUCUGGCCAACAGCGAACAGAAGCUGAAACUUAUUUCUAUUCAACUCGCAGGGCUCACACUGGGAGCCAUAAUUAUGCUGCUGAUAGCCCUGAACGAGGAAGCCCUUCAGCAGUUAUUUGAUUAGGUGCUAGGUAGUAGAAGACAAUGUAAAUAAAGAUUUUAUGAGAU